AUCACCGAUCAUUGAGUUUGCCAGUCAUCGACUUAUCGAACGAUCCCGACCGGCUGCGAAAGGAUCCACAGCGGGUUAGUGCAUCCGUGUCACGAGGACGAUUCCAAGAUACCAAGAGCACUGAGCGUACCCAUAAAGGUCAAUCACACCGAGUGCUCGGAUAGUUUCUUCGUUCUAUACAAAGGAGUAUAACAGUGUUUAAACCGCACGGCAUUCACCCUGCUAUAACAUUAUCGUGCUAGACGUUAGAACUUUGCGUGUUUUUCAACAAUUCUUCUUCCUCGUAUUUCAACGUUAUUUCCACUGAAUAUGCUGCUUGUUCUUGCCUCAUUGCUCCUGGCGGUGGCAGCUGAGUCGCCUUUGACCCAGCAAAGAUAUGAAGAUACAGAAUAUGGAAGCCAGUAUCCUGGAGCAGCAUCCAACAAGGACAAAGGUACUUUGGAAAAUUUAGGAUUACUUGAUUCCGAGGUUGCUGAUGAAUUGAAUGGUAAAGGUUGGCAGGGCGUGGUGCCUGGGAUCCCUGAGAAGGACUAUCCGAAUUUGAAUAAAGUACCGGAAACGUCAUUUACCUGUGAAGGUAAAAUAGCUGGAGGAUAUUACGCAGAUGUCGAAACACGAUGCCAGGUAUUUCACGUCUGCAACACAGGGGGCGUAAAAAGCUCGUUCCUGUGUCCCGGUGGGAGUAUAUUCAAUCAAAAAUAUUUCGUGUGCGAUUGGUGGUACGACUUUGAGUGCGACGACGCGACUGAACUUUAUUAUUUGAAUGCAAGAAAUAAUCGUGGAAACGAACGUAGUCGUCCGGAGUCGCAACAUCCGGAACAUGAUUAUUCAUCGAACGAUGGCCAUCAGAAUUCUUCUGUAUCCUAUAAUGGUAGAAGCAGGACCCUGAACGAGGGCUUCGAUUUGUCACUGGCCGGAACUGGCGAGGGUGCUUCUGGUUAUACUAGGGAUAAAGAAAUUCAUGGUGAUCAAAGUAACGUUAGGAAUAUUGAACGCAAUGAAAAUCGUCCGAGCGGAAACUACAACAUGAAGGAUCCCGGUCAACAGAUUUCAAAUAAUUCCGGACAGGAUGUUGGCAGGCUUGAGGAAAGAUGGAAAAAUCGAGAUAAGACCAACGAGAAUAGGGAAUCCCAUGAGAAUCAUUCGGUCCAGGGAGAUUACGAUCGGAGUAUAUACCAUUCGAGACGCAAGGACGAAAGUUUGGACGGUUACGAGGAGAGUCCUUCUAUUCGGAGGAUAUUUAGCUCACAGAAUGAUAGAAACAGUCGGCUCAAUGAUGGCGCGCGUAGAGAUCAUUUUGAUCUUAAUGAAGACAGGAGAAACUUUGAAAAGGGGGAAUAUCUGACACCGGGAAACGACCAAAGUUUGUUUAACGAAAGGUCUAAGGGGGAUAUGAAUUUUGAUAAGGGAUACGAUAAAAAUAAUGAUCAUAAUAGUAAUCGUUUUUCAAGUAUACAAGUAAUUAAUCAUUUUCGUAAUACAGUACGAAAUCAUGAUCGAAAUGGCUUUUUUGUCAAUGGGCCAAGAUCACAGGGAGAAAACGAUUCCGGUAAUGAACGAGGAAUUUCGUUUUUUCGUGAAAAAUUUGAUAAGUCCUAUCAGCAAAAUAAUCAUCCGAUACCUGGUCACGUAAAGAAGACGUCUGGUGGGCGAAAUAUAAUUGAGAAUGAAAAUCAUUUUGGAGAAAGAUCAUCGAGACCUGGGAUAAGGUAUCUGUAUCCGAAUGAAAACGAGGAUAGAUACGAAAUAAAUGGUUUUCCAAAAAAUAAUUAUUCGGAUAAUAACGUAAAUCAUUUAUCGGAAUCAUCCAGAGAUUAUCGUAAAAAACAAUGUGAAUCCAGUAACAAUAUACCACCUGAACUUCGACAGGAUCCAUCAAAGUCUAUUUUGACUCCUGAUAACAGCCAUAGGCAAAAUGCAGGCAGAACAGUUCAAAGGGUAACCGGUGGUUUACAGGGUGGAAUUGGCAAUGGGUAUCCAGGAUCUAACAGGGAGUUGCCUGGUUCCAAUGCAAUAGCCGGUACUAUUGCUCCUGUCCUUCCCGUGGAAUCGCAGGACGUUCCUAAUGAUCGAGUUAAAGGAACGGGUUCAUUGAAUUUCAAUGGUCAUUAUCCCAGUAAUGAAUAUCCAUCAGGACCCCCGAGACAGGAGACGGGAUCUCCAGGAUUCGGUUUAAAUGCGAAUAAUGGAUACCCUGGUAUUAGGCCGAAUCCGAACACGAAUGGAAUACUCACUGGGCAAGGACGAACGUCCUUAGUAACUAAGACUCCCUCAGGAACUACUAGUCCUGGUGAAAUCACUAGUAUCAGUACAGGGUACGGUAAUGGCGUAGCUAGCACAACUGAUAACUUUAACGAACAUGGAGACUAUAAGGGUGGUUUACAAAGGGAUGAAACUCAUGGUUCUACAAGCAACCUUCCUCCCUUUGGAAAACGAAAUUGGAUUCAACAUAAUCAAGGAUACCUUCCAUCGGACUCAGCGAGAAAUGAAGACAAUGAAAAAUUUGUAAAAGAUAUUAAAAAUGUACAGAAUAAUUUUGGAAAAUUUAAUUGUAGAAACGGUCAUGUAAAUGAAUUUGAAAAUAUCGAUUAUCUGCCUCCUAAGAUUUCUGGUAACGAGAGAGAGGAAAGACAUAUGGAAGAUCGUACGAGGUAUCUUCCAGCGUUAUAAUUAAAUAAAUUAAAUUAAAUUUUACAUAUAUUAUUUAAUGUGUUUAAUAGACCUAGGAAUUCAAUAAACUUUAUAUUACAUCUAACGUGUAUAUAUUUUAUUGAAUAAUAAAAAUAUAGCGAUAAACGGAAAGAAAAGAAACGACGGAUCGUUUAUCUAACCAAUGACGAUUAACGCAUUAACGAUUAAGAAAAGUCUGGCACGAUUCGGGUCGAGAUAGGCGUGGCUCGUGCAUAACACGCUAUGUCAAUUACAGCAUCUUUACGUAUGCAGAACAGUAGUAACAGACAAUCAGAAUGCACGCAAUAAGCAAAAGAAGCGUAGCGUCUCUCUCAUAGUUACAUCCUACGUCUAUAAUGAAACCCGAGAACAAUUGCAUGCUACUUGCUUCAUUAAGAAAAGAACGGCAGCCUCUCAUAGUUUCUUUUGUUUUCUACAACCCUCCUAUUUCCGAGACGCCGUAUGUAAAUUUCGCAUGGACUCAAGAAAAACACUAAAUUGCAUAUUAUUUUGCAUUGGGCUAUUCAAAAAAAUAAUUAUCAUUUUUCUCGAGCCCUCGUUGAUUUAACAAAAGUACGAUAGUCGAAAAUAAUUAAUGAAAUUUUGAAAGACAAAAAUGGCCAACAGGAGCCAACAGUCGAGAAAGUUGACGAGCAAGUAACUAAGGACUAGAGUCAAUUUGGCACGCCCUAUAACUCGGUGCACUUUGCGACUCUACGAAGAGCGGACAUGCUUCGCAGAUUUGUCUUCAUUUGCGAAAACGAGGUGGUGUGGAAAUCUUCGUAAAUCAUCUGGCAGAGAGGAAACUUGGUAUACAGAAGCGUUCGUAGGAAUACGUAAGAGGGUCUCUACGGAGGAAGGGGAGUAGUUAGAAGGAGAGAGUAGGA